AUGGUCGAACAAGCUGCAAAGCCACUUGCAAGGCCUGUUUGGGUUUUAGACUCUACACCUGGAAAGGUACAUGCAGGUAGAGACGGAGAUGAUCAUCCUGCUGAAUUGAUCAUUUCUCUAAGAGCAUUGCCUAACCAGGUGUGUUUUGUGUUGCAUAAAGAGAAGGUCACAUCAAAAAUGGAGGUCAUUAGUGGUCUUGUGCGUGAGGGGUUUUUGAAUGAUGUGGCUCAGAGGGACCUGGGCUCACAGUUGGUGGCCAAAUUUGCAAUCACAUCACCAAAUCGAAGAAUACGUAUAUUUUGGUAUAGAACUGGUAAACUAAGACGUGUCUAUGAUGAAUCACUUGAGAAUGCUCAAGAUCUUCAAAGAAGCGAUGUUCCUUUGUAUCGAUUAGAAGCUAUUGAUUUUGGGAGAAGAAUGGCAGUUGAAAGAGAAAUUGAAAAAACAGAAAAUGUCCCACAGCCAAAUGCACUAUUUGAUGAAAGCUCUAAUUUCAUUAUUUAUCCAACUCUCCUUGGUAUUAAAAUUGUAAAUCUGCACACAAACAAAGUUUCCAGAAUAUUAGGGAAGGUGGAAAAUAAUGACAGGUUUUUAAGAAUUGCUUUGUAUCAAGGUGAUCAAAGCAGUAAAAAAGUGCGAAAAAUUCCUGCUGCUGCUGUAAAUGUGAAUGAAAGCAAAGAUCCCAUGACAGAUCCUACUUUGUUAUGCUGUGCUUUUAAGAAACACAGAAUCUAUUUGUUCAGCCGAAGAGAACCAGAGGAACCUGAUGAUGCAACCAAGGGUAGGGAUGUCUUUAAGGAAAAGCCUCCUCCUGAUGAACUUAUGGCUGCAUCAGAUAUUGGAAAGUCUGUUACAACAUCUCUUCCAGAAAAUGUGGUAUGGGCAAUUGCAGAUUCUAGACGACAAGGCUUUCUUGGCUUCAAAGAGUUUAUUACUACAAUGCAGUUGAUUUCUAUGGCACAAGUAGGACACACAUUAAGUAGCAACCUCUUAAAUUUUGAUGUUGAUUAUGAAAAUUUGAAACCACCUGUUAUGGAUAGUCUGGAUGUCUUACUAGCUAAGAAAAAGCGUCCAAAAAGUGAUCCUUAA